CUUCCAUCACAAAUGAAAUUAUAUCACAAACAAGAUGCCAAAGGUUCAAGAUUAUACAAUCGCUUUCUUUGAGAAAAAAUUGACAAAAUCAUAUAUUGAAAACGAUGAUUUCAUACUUUCUACUAACAUUUUGGAUGUUCUUCCAAAAUAUGACAAAGAAGUUGCUGUUGUAUUUAACAAUGACGCAUUCUUUAUGAAAUAUAAAUUUGAUGCAAAAGCGCGCCUCAAUAAAGGAUGGAAAAACUUUGCCGAUGCUAAAGGGUUGAAGGAAGGAAACGAGUUGCGUUUUCAAGUCUGUGAUGUUGAGGAUCACCUAACCUUCAUUGUUCAUAUGGAGGAGAUCAUAGACAUAGAUUGGGUCUACUUAUGCCUUUUUCUAUUUAAGAAAUUGAUGUAUGGUUUGGUUUGCUUAAUCUAUUGAAGGUGU